GACAGAGACUCCCUGGCUAAACCAGGAACCAGGAAAUGCACCAGCCUCUGUAUGUAGAAAAACAGCUGGGCUCCUUCGGAGACAGAGCACCAUGGGAAACCGGCUCUGCUGCGGGGGAAGCCGGAGCUGCCCACCAACUUCCCAGAGGAAAAAGAAAACGGGAAGCCAAGCCAGAGGGACGCUGAAGCAGCCGCAGCCGCAGCCGCAGCCGCAGCCGCAGCCGCAGCCGCAGCCGCAGCCGCAGCCGCAGCCGCAGAAUGGUGUAAAGGCCCGUGACACAAGAGGACAUAUUUAUGAACAGGUGUUAGAGAAGCCCACGUCUCAGGAGAGAAGUCAAGGCCUCAGGCGGGAAGAGAGCAGCUUACAUUAUGCAGACAUUCAAGUGUGCAGCUCUACCCAGCCUCGCUCUGCUCUGGACGUGAAGCACAAGCAGUUAGAAAAUGCUACGCAGUACGCAACCCUUCGCUUCCCCCAGGCCACACCCCGCUAUGACAGCAAGAAUGGGACCCUGGUGUGAGCGCUGGGGAGGACGGACACGUUUCCUUCAUUUUACCACUCCUCCCUUGGGGAGGAUCUGCACUGGGGAAUUGGCUGGCACCCAGAGAUGGUGCCACGUUCUAAAGAACCCCGGAGCCCUUGUGAGUGCCCCCAGUCUUGCCCCCUCCCCGAGGCCUAUCUGUUACUGGCCACCAUUAGCUUGGAGUCAUAUUUGGGUUAGCUACGGGUGGAUGGAGUUCCACAAAAUGAAGGAGGCUAGGAAGAACGUGCAGGAAGUUUUUUGACCUCUACUUCGCUCCUACUUUCAAGGAAAGUGCUGAUAGGACAGGUUACCCCAGCACUUGAGGUGAUUUUGCUGGGCUUAAUUUAAUGGUGUCUCUUUUACACACC